GAACAGCCAAGAGCGCCCUAGGUAGGGCAUAGCUCGCGGCAGACACCUGUUCCUGGUGCUUUUUGGAUUUGGGGAGGCCUCAACAGGUCAUGCCCGCGGAGUGCAGCGGGGUCUCUUCACUGGAGGUGCUCUGUGUGCCACUGCGCCACGGUGCUGCUGUCAAGGCCGGAGGCUACCAAGAGCGAGCUCCCAACCUCUGCUCACUCGGUCUGGAAUGGGUUAAGUGCGGAGGCACAAGAGCUGCUGCGGGCAGGCGCCGGGCACCGCGCGCACUAGAUCCACAGAGGGCUAGCACAGCCGCAGCCCCUGCCAGCAGACCCCCAAGCCAUAGGUGGCAGGCGGGGACAGCGAGGCGGACGCGCGCCUGGGCCGUGGGCGGCCUCCCAGCUCGUGCUCCCUCCAAGUGCAGGGCACACGCAGGAGUAAUCGGUCGCCGCCAACCCGGAGGUUGGCACGCGUGCGGAGGAGCCCGGCGUGCUCCCGGAGUCGGGAAAGCGCACAGAAUCGCAGCGCUCGCACAGGCAGGAGCAAGAAUGUGGAGAGUAAUGUGGAAACCUGACUCAGAAGGAAGCAGGAGAGGCUCCCGGUGACAAAUGAGGAAAACCUGGGCACACACAGAAACUGCCUUUCCAGAGGCUCGCCCAUAGGUGGCGUGGUUUCCUAGGUGAUCGGUGUGGGCUCAAAGCUGAUUCAGACACACACCUCAGCUGAAUUCUGGGCUGCACAGCUGGAGUCUGUAGAACAGAGCUGAAGCUAAGGAUUUAAAUGUGGUCACCGUCCCUGGAGGAUUUGUUGGUCCUGGGUCUACAGUACUGUGAUACAAGGUGACUCAGUGGGUCCACAUAGAGUCCAAGGAAGGGCAGGCUGUGGACCAGACACACUUAACCUCAGUUCUCCAACGGAGCAACACAAGGGAGCCUCAGCUCAGGGCUGUCGGAUGUGCAAAAUGCAAAAAAAACCAAGACAAAGCAAAAAUACAAACCCUCGUUGUCACCAGGCUGGUUCACCUCCGCCCCAACGGAUAUAGCCUGAGUUGAGGUUCCUCUUUCGAAAGUUCAGAGAGAGUUGGGCGAGUCCUCCGCACAAGAGAGGAGAGUGGGAAGGGCAAGGUGGGAGUGGCGAGAACAGGGGGGUGGACAUAUGUGAAAUCUGAUCCGGUGCCAAGGAAAGGGUAUGUGCUGCCAGAGACCCCAGGGCAAAGCUCAGCCUUCACCAGGCAUGUGUAGCUCCUGAGCUGGCUGGCUGCACACAACACAAUCCGCUCAUGGAGAACUCGGUGGCGCCUUUCGUCCUCUACCCGGGGACUGAGCCCAGGACUCCAGGAGAGGACACCGUGCCUCUGCCAGCCGAGGAAGAGGGCGCUGCAUCCCCAGCGCAGACACCCUGCAGUCUCAGCGCCUCACUGUGCUUCAGCUCCGGGGACGACUCCCCGCCGCAGUCUCGCGCCUCUGCCGCGGAGGGCUCCGAAGCCUCUCCGCCUUCUCUCCGCAGCGACCUGCGUGUGGUGGAGACGCAGUGGGAUGUCAGCAGCGCCGCGUCCCCAGAGUCCCCGGAGGAGUGCGCGCGCCCGGAAGAGCCCGCGUCGCCGGAGGAUCCCCCUUCUCGCCACGAGCACGCGCGUCCCGUGGAGCUCGAGUCUUUGGAUGAGCUUGGGGAGCCCGUGCCUGUGCCUCCCGGGGUCGGGUCCGCGCACGGAGAGCCCGACCUUGUCAUCGAGGUGGCCGGUCGCCGGCUGCGGGCGCAUAAGGCGGUGCUGGCCGCACGCAGCGACUACUUCCGAGCGCGGGCGUCCCGGGACGUGCUGCGGGUGCAAGGCGUGAGCUUCACUGCCCUGCGGCUGCUGCUGGCCGACGCGUACAGCGGGCGCAUGGCGGGCGUGCGGCCGGACAACGUGGCCGAGGUGGUGGCCGGCGCGCGCCGCCUCCAGCUGCCCGGCGCUGCGCAGCGCGCCACCGAGGCCAUGGCGCCGCAGCUGAGCCUGGACAACUGCUACGAGGUGCUGAGCGCAGGCAAGCGGCAGCGGCUGAGCGAGCUGCGCGACGCCGCCUACCGCUUCAUGAGCGACCACUACCUGGAGGUGCUGCGCGAGCCAGCCGUCUUCGGUCGCUUGUCCGGUGCAGAACGCGAUCUGCUGCUGCGACGCCGCCUGUGUACCGGCCGCGCCUGUCUGCUGGCAGCUGCUCUCGGGACAACCGGGGAGCGCUCGGGCAGUCGACCGCAGAGCCCGUCCGGGGACGCAGAGUCGCGCGGGGACGCGGCCGUUUAUUGCUACCAGGCGGAGGCCGGGGAGUGGCGCGAGCUGACCCGGCUGCCCGAGGGCGCGCCGGUGCGCGGCUGCGGCCUCUGCGUGCUCUUCAACUACCUCUUCGUGGCUGGCGGUGUGGCUCCUGCGGGUCCCGAUGGCCGCGCUCGCCCGUCGGACCAGGUAUACUGCUACAACCCGGUCACCGACUCCUGGAGUACUGUGCGGCCGCUGCGCCAGGCGCGCUCGCAGGUGCAGCUGCUGGCCCUGGACGGCCACCUGUACGCCGUGGGUGGCGAGUGCCUGCUCAGCGUGGAGCGCUACGACCCGCGAGCUGACCGCUGGACCGCGGUGGCCCCGCUUCCCCGCGGCGCCUUCGCAGUGGCCCAUGAGGCUGCUACCUGUAACGGCGAGAUCUAUGUGUCCGGGGGCUCACUCUUCUACCGCCUGCUCAAGUACGACCCCCGGCGCGAUGAGUGGCAGGAGUGCCCAUGCAGCAGCAGUCGAGAGCGCUCUGCCGACAUGGUGGCCCUCAAUGGCUUCCUCUAUCGCUUUGACCUGUGUGGGAGCCGCGGUGACGCUCAGGCAGCAGUCGGUUCAGGUGGAGGAGUCAGCGUUUUCCGCUACCAUUGCCUGGCCAAGCAAUGGAGCCAGUGUGCUGCACACCUGAGGCCCCCCGGCGCACCCGCAGGCCUCCAGCCCUUUCGUUGUGUUGCCCUGGAUGGUACCAUCUACUGUGUGAGCCGCGUCGGGACCUGGCGUUUCGUGCUUUCUCAGGACACCGAGGCUGGCAGCGAUAUGGGACCUGGUGGCAGCUUUGAGCCCGAGCCCCUGGGAUCCCCCCUGGAUGUCCGGGGUGUACUCUUUCCAUUUGUACUCAACCUGCCUGAGAAGCCGGACCGCGGGGAGCAGGGUGCAGCCUAGGACAGGAUAAGCUGGGCAGCUCCACUGUCCAGCAUUGGGGGUGGGGUGGGGGCUCAAAAGAGUGGGCUAGCCCCCCACCCCCAGUGGGGGAGGAAGGGCAGAGAUGUCUCAGGAAUGGAGGAAGCAGAAAGGCCAGACUGCUGGCCACAGUGCAUCAUGCAAACUCUUUGAGAGUAAAAGAAGCUUCGCUGGCUCUGAAGACAUUUUGGCAAUGCUGUUUUAAGCCCACCCCCCCACCCCCCUUGCCAUGCUGGAUUCUGCUCUUGCUUCGCUUGUUUAGUGGGGGUCAUAGCUUUCAGUGUGGGGAAGAUACAGAUAAGCCCAUCCCUAAGGGAAGAGGUAGAGGAGGUCACAGAUAAAGUAGGAUGCAGGUGCUGCGGACUCAGGUGUAAUGAGGAGCCUGCUCAGUCCCCUCCUUACCAGUGAGUGCAAGGCUCUCAAACCUGAAUGGGGUCCUAGAAGUAGGCUAGGUAUCCUUGCAACCGCUCAGAGGUUUAAAAUCAUAACUUAUACGAUCUGUGCGACUCAAAACGUUCACCGAAUGGUUCACAAAGUUUUUGUAGGAUCAGUUUCAAAAAGUAAUUUGUCAAGUGCUCUGUUGACCAGUAGAGUUGCCCUUGUUGAUGACAAUGUUAGCCAGCAGCAUGCUGAACGUGAGAGGACGGGAAGCAAGGGUGGAAGGGACUCAGGUCAGGAGGCUCUGGUAGCUCUGCGUGCUCACCCACUUUCCUGUCUUAGAAUGAACUAGGGAAUUUUUUCCCCCUCCCUAGAACAAGGAAGUUAAAAUCAUGUUUUGACAGUUGCAUGCUUUGAACUCUCUGCUUGGUUAUGUUUUGAACGUAUCUUCUGUGAUUCCAAUGAGGGAAGAUGAAUUUACAACCAUCUCGAAAGUGGUGUGUGUGUGUGGGGGGGGGUUGGUGAUAUGGAGGAGGAAAAGGAGAAACACCCGUGUUUUGAGUGUAGUUUAGCAAGUGAUAUUCAUUUAGCUUCCAAAGACACCCUACUAGAGUGGGAAGGAGACUCCUACUUAGGUGAGGUUGCAAGGACCAAAACCAAGUCCAUUCAUUUUCUCCCAUGAGUUAGGAUGCUGUGCAUUUGAGAAUACACAGGCAGGGCUUCCCAUGUAUAAAGAAGUUAAGGGUAAAAUACGUGCUCCCAGGUAACUGGUUUAGAUCCCACACCUAGCCCACUGAUUUAUAACAGUGGGGCUCCUAAGCAUUCAGAGUUUCUGGAACAUAGAGGAAACUCCACAUCCACCCUGCCAUCUCCAUGGAAACUGUUGGUUGGGGGGGAGGGGAACUAGGUUAGGGUUUAUAGCCUCCUCUGAAAGGUCACAGUGGAGUGUGUUUAGAAACAGCCUGGCUCAAGUCUUCUGCAUGACCCAGGGGAAUGGAGUUUAUAGUUCCUGUUUGUAUGUUCUGGUCUCUCUGUGCUUGUUCGUGGUUACUCAUAAACCAAGGGAAUGUCUUGGCAACUCGGUUAAUCAUCUUAAGAAAAACAGGCUUCCCAUUGCCUCGUUUUAUUGGUCUUUGUGAGGGGCGUCCUGGAGAAAGGCUUGCAGAUGAGCGAGCGAGCGAAGGGGGACAGUGCUUAGAGAUAGCCCAUUACUCCUCAAGCACCAGGCUUAUAGAAUUCUAUCAUGUGACUCUUGCCCCUGAGAAGCCAUUCCUCUGGAAUUCACAUUUGGGGUGACAUGUCCCCAGAGAGGACAGAUGUACAUCAGACAGAAAAGUCUUCCUGCUCGCAUCAUGCCCCACAGAACACACACAAAACCCAAGGAAGUCAAAAGGAUAAAUGUAUCUAUUUACAGAUCAUGAAAGAACAUUAGUUUGCUGAUCACAAAUAGAGGUGUGGCUGACUUGUUUGUUUUUUUUUUUUUUUUUUUUUUUUUUGAGAACAUAUAAAAUAUCUUGUGCCCUAUUUGUAAACAGUGGUCCCCCCGUUGUAAACAAAUGCUACAGGCCCUGGCACAUCUCAGCAACCGUGCAUGUUGUAUCUGGGAUCUGGAAGACUUAGCACCCAUCGGUCUUAGAUUCAUUUCUCCUUGAUAUAAGCAACUGAAGGGAGAAGCGGUUUAUUCUGGCUCAGAGUUCAGGUUACAGUCCACCAGGCUGUGGAAGUCCUAGGCAGGACCUUGAGGGAGCAGGUGCUACUGUGCCUGCAGACGAGACAGCAUUUAAUACGUAUGGCCUGUGAUGAUCUGUAUAUGGUUGGUCCAGGGAGUGGCACUAUUAGGAGGUGUGGCUUUGUUGGAGUGGGUGUAUCACUGUGGGCAUGGACCCUCAUCCCAGCUGCCUGGAAGCCAGUCUUCUAGCAGCCUCUAGGUGAAGAUGUAGAACUCUCAGCUCCUCCUGCACUGUGCCUGCCUGGAUGCUGCCAUGCACCCACAUUGAUAAUAAAGCAUUGAGCUUGUGAACCUGUAAGCCAGCCCUAGUUAAAUGUUGUCCUUAUAAGACUUGCCUUGGCCAUGGUGUCUGCUCACAGCAGUAAAACCCUAAGACACUGCUGUUCAGCUCAGCUCCCUGUCUCCACAUCUCCAUUCCCAGGACCAAGUCAGGAAAUACUGCUACCACAGUGAGCAGCUCUUUCCAUUCUAAUUAAUGUAAUCAAGGCAACUCCCCACAGGCAUGCUCAGAGGCCCAUCUUCUAGGUGAUUCCAGAUUCUGUUAACAUUCACCUUCGUCCCCACAAGUGGGAGUGACAUUGUUAAGGUAUUGGUUUGGCAGUGAGGGGAGUGGGCUUUGCGGAGAUGCGUCUCCAGUGUGUGAACCAGUUAGGUGCUUCCUACACACGGGUCCCACUCUGCCUCUAACUCCACAAGGGAGUUUGGUUAGCAUGAGCACAGAUCUGACUGUGGGCUAAGAGUCAAAUAAGGCUAAUGUGCUUGGGACACCCAUUCUCAGUUCUGGGGACAUUAACCCGUGUACAUAGCCACCCCAGGUGUUUGAAAGGACAGUGCCGUCUUAAGGAGUAAAUGAUUGACAGGCACACAAAGAUUGACCUUCUGUUUGGUUGACGGGUAAUUACAUUUAUAUUGCCAAGAUUUGUUUGGAAGCUUAGCAACGAGCUAAUGUUUCUCGAUUUUAUUUUUCUUUCUGUUUUGUUCUUUGGCAUGGGACAAGCCCCACCUCUAGUGCAGACACUUGGCAGCUCCGUAGACUUGGAAUGUGGUGAUUUCUGCUUCUGAGGAAAUGAUGGCAGAGGUUUCUUUUACUCUAAGGAAAACGAAUGCUGUGGGAAUCUUGCUGGCUGCUUAAUUUCUUACUUGUAUCAGUUUUGUUACAUGGGGGUUGGGGGUCAGGGAGAAUGGAGUCCCUCUAGUCCUGGUGGUGUCUGUGUGACCUGUUAGCAAACUUUGUCCAGUGCUGAAACAGUACAUCAGAAGGGUGUGCUGUUCUCAGCUGAAGUCAAGGUAGAGUCAGGACAUGAUGAUUCGGAAUGUCUCAUUGGCAGAUGUGAGCCCAAUAGCUCUUUGGUGUAGUGUUUGUCUUUAGGGGCCCUCCCUAGCUUACAGAAAGUUUUCAUUUUCACACUCAGCUUUUUUUUUUUUUAUGUCCCCAUUUCUUCUGCAAUAUUAUUCACAAGAAGGUAAUGACUCCAGCUGAAAGCAGAACCCUUGCCGGCUCUCUGGGUGCAUCUGUGUUUAUCCAAGCGGACACGUCCUGGAUGCUCGGCCCACAUCCAUGAAGAGGGCCGCACCUCGAGAUGCUGAAGGACCUGGUGGGGAAACGGGUCCUGGCAGCAGCCUCACCCGGCUUUGUGACCAGGCUUGGGUUGAAGUAAAAAGUCUACAUUGUAUUCCAAUGUGAGGCUGCACUCCCCACCACCCCCUCAUGCUUGGUAAAGCUCUGACUAGUACCCACUACUAACUAGUACCCAUAUGCUUCCAUUAAACAUCAGCACCUGUUUGAGACAAAGCCGGGCCAGCCGUCUCUGGGUGUGCAGUUACAGUGCUGACGCUUGAGUCUCACUCUAGGCAUAAAUGCUGUAAAACCUUGUAUGUUUGUCACCUGUGCCAAGACCAAAUAAACCAUGCGGAAUCUGCCAGCGCUCCUGAAA